AGGCCUGCCUGAGUGCAUUUCGCAUCGCUGCAUCUCGUCCGCCACGGGCCACAGCCAGCCCCCGCCAGUCCGCGACCAUGCGGUGCCUCCUCUCCACCCCUCUCCGCCGCGGUCUCUCCACCGCCGCCGCCGACGAUCCUAGCCUAGCCUCCUCCGCGGAGCACGCGUACCGGCUCCUCCGCCGCCACCACUCCGACCCGCAGAGGCUCGCCGCCGCGCUGUCCGCGUCGGGUCUCGACGCCUCCUCGCCGCACCUCCUCGACGCCGUUCUGCGCCGCUGCGGCGCCGCCUCCUCCCUCGCGCUGCACUUCUUCCACUGGUGCUCCCCGUCGCUGCCCUCGCCGCUCCCGUCCUCCCUGGCGCUCCUCGCCAAGUCCUUCUCCCGCGCCUCCUCCGCGCCGUCCCCGUCCCUCCUCGCGCCGCUCCCCUCUCAACUCCUCGGCCCCUCCCUCCUCUGCCCCGUCCUGCGCCGCCUCCCGCAACCACGCCUCCUGCCGUUCGCGCUCUCACUGCUCUCCGCCCGCCCCGACCACGACCAGCCCGCCCUCUUUCUUUCCCUCCUCGAGUCUCUCUCCAAGGCCGGCCACGUCGUCACCGCCGAGCAGCUUGUCGAGGAGCCCCAGACCCGGUUCCCGCUUUCGCUCCGCCACUACACGGCCCUGCUCUACGGAUGGUGCCGCCAGGGCAAGCUCGACGAGGCCAAGCACGUGCUCGCUCGCAUGAAGGCUGCGGAUGUCGCCCUUGACGUUGUCGCCUUCAACACCCUGCUCGCUGGCUUCGUCGCGGACGGGAGGUUCGAGGACGCGUUCGAGCUGACGGGGCAGAUGGAGCAGCGUGGCUGCCCGCCGAACGCGGUGUCGUACACCACUCUGAUUCAGGGGCUGGGUGCGAGGGGGAGAGUUGAUGAGGCCAUGCGGGUGUUUGUGGAAAUGCGAAGGAAGGGGUGCGCGCCCGAUGCUGUCACGUACGGCACCCUGGUUAGCACGUUUUGCAAGGCUGGCAAGAUAUCCCAGGGGUACGAGUUCUUGGACGCCAUAUCAAGGGAUGGCCUGCGGGUGGACGCUGCUGUGUACCAUGGUUUCUUUGUUGCACACGAGAAGAAGGAGCAGCUUGAGGAGUGCUUGGAGCUGAUGGAGAGGAUGCGGGAGUGCCGGUGUCCACCAGACCUCAAGAUAUACAAUGUGGUGAUUCGGUUGGCCUGCAGGCUUGGGGAGACCAAGCAAGCCAUGUCAUUGUGGAAUGAGAUGGAAACUGGUGGGCUCAGCCCUGGGGUCGAUACAUUUGCUAUCAUGGUGAAUGGCCUUGUUGGGCAGGGUUUGCUGGUUGAGGCAUGUAGUUAUUUUAAAGACAUGGUUGGGAGGGGGCUCUUUGUUGCGCCGCAAUAUGGGGUGCUCAAGGAUCUCCUCAAUGCGUUGGUCAGAGAUGAGAAACUUGAGCUUGCGAAGGAUGUAUGGGAAUGUAUUGCGAGCAAAGGCUGUGAGCUCAAUGUGAGUGCAUGGACUAUCUGGAUACAUGCAUUGUAUGCGAAGAAACAUGUCAAGGAGGCCUGCCUGUAUUGCUUAGACAUGCUAGAGGCAGGGGUGAUGCCACAGCCUGACACAUUUGCAAAGUUGAUGAAGGGGCUUAAGAAGCUGUACAACCGUCAGAUUGCUGCUGAGAUCACUGAGAAGGUUAGGAAGAUGGCGGAGGAGAGACAUGUUAGCUUUAAGAUGUAUAAGAGACGUGGGGUGAGGGAUCUUGAAGCGAAACCCAAGGCAAAGAGGAGAGGUCAGAAACAGAGGCGUCAGGGACAGCGUGGUCAUGUAAUGGAAUUCGGUUUUGACCGUGGUGAAGAAAAAGAAAAAGAUUACCAGCCUGAUCAGAAGUGCUGCACAGCAAGGACUUCACAUCUACACCAGCUGGAAUGAAGAAAUUAGACAGCCGACAGCUGCAGCUGCUACAGAAAUAGCACUGCCGAGCAGACAGCAGACCCUACCUUUUGUAUGAGGUUAUAGUGUUGUUUUAAUUCAAUUAUGGUACUGUAAUACUUUUGUUUGUAUUUGACAAUUAUUGUUCAACCAUUAACUAGGCUCAAAAGAUUUGUCUAACAAAUUACAGACAACUUGCAAUUAGUUGUUUUUUUAAUCUAUAUUUAAUGCUCUAUGUGUAUGCUGCAAGAUUCGAUGUGAUGGGGAACAAAAGUUUUUGGAUUUUGUUUGUAACCAAACAAGGCCUAUGCUUGAGAGAGUAUAAACUUACAAUGCUGUUUUCAGCAGAUUGUUAUGACUUUUGCUAAGACCCGAAAGUCGAGUGAAAGAGAUUGCUGAAGAUCACUCAAGGCUGGCUGGUGGAUGGAAAUCAUGUAGGUUCUCAACGUAGCUGAUAUGUGAAUCAUAUUUUUAAGAGUAUUAUCACUGAACUUUAUAGGUUAUUGCUGAGGAAGUGAUUUUGUUAUUUAGACCGCGUGGCGCUGGCAUCUUAUACAAUUUAUUGAAUUUUAACUGUCAUUGCAUCAUUUGUCUCUGCAUGUGACUGGUAUGAAUGUGUGGUUCCUAUUAUCACACAGGGUUUCUCCACUUACCCGUACUGGUUCAAUAGAAUUUCUCCUGCAUGUUCACCGUUCAGUCUCCCACUAGACCAACGUAACCUUGGGGGUACACCAUUUUCUAAAUUCUGAUGCAUUACGAUGAUCUAGUGCAUCUGAUGAUCAUAUUUCAAGAAUUUUGUGCACUCUGUAGAAUUUUAUAGGGCUUGUUUGGUACAGCUUACAACAGCUUCAUGAGCUGUUAUGACCUGUUUUUUU